AUGCGGACUUCCAGGUGGAUCUGGAUUGCCGCCACAUUCCUCUCGACCGUCCACUCAACAAAAACAGCACCCUUCACCGCCGCAGAAGCAGCCAUAGCCAACAAACGAGCAUUCGAAGUCCUCCGCAUCCUCGGACGAGCCGACAACAGUUGCCCGAGCGGCUACAACCCCUGCACCGAACUGGGUAACGCCGAUGCAUGCUGUAAGCAGGGAACGAACUGCUCCCGCGAUGCCGCCAAUAACAUCGCCUGCUGCGCGAGCGGUGCAAGCUGCACCGGCAGCCUAACAGGUACAACGGCGACGGGCACCGGCACCGCGUUCAUGUUCCCCAGCGGCGCAACCGCAACCACCACUACCGAGGGCCAGGCGUCCGCAACCGGCUCAACGCUAGACGCCGCGUAUCCAUUUGUCGUCGUCCCGACCUCUUUUGGAAAUGCCGAGAGUUGCUCAUCUUACUACUCCGUGUGUCAGUCGGAGUACACGCAAUGCACUGGCGCGCUGAUGGGUCGCUACGGCGUUACUAUUGACGGCGCUGGGGGAGGUGUGACGGUUGAGGCUGUCACGGCUUCGUCGCAGGCGACUUCCAUUUGCUCGAGCUUGAGUUUGGAGGCUUGCCACGGUAUCAAUUUGGGGUACUGUAGCAGCGUUGCCACGCAGACUGCUAGUGCGGAGGUGAAUGGGAAUGAUGCCUCUCCUGUGCGGAUGUCGAGUCUCCAUGAUCUGGUCUUUGGGCUGGCGGUUGGGGUUGCGGGGAUGUUUAUAUGA